UAGUCCAGGACACUCCCACUUAAAAUCGCCGUGUCUUGAUGUCACAGAGCGGACUCGCCCUUUAACCUGACCAUGGAGGACUCCGCUUUGCAGAUUUUUUCGAACAAAGCGGCGUUUUUGCUGCUGCUGGUCUCGUCCGUCGUGUGGCCGGUGACUGAGGCGAUUAGAGUGCGACCAGCCCAGCGGCCGCUCGAGCCCGAGCAAGGACCGCAAUGCGAGGUGCAGAGCUACACCCUGCGAAGCGACAUCCACCUCAGGUACUCAACGUCCAUGCUGCGCAUCCAGGUGGCCAACCCUGAGCGCAGCUGGCGCACUUUGGAGUGCGCAUUGAACGUGGUUAUUCCUGAAGCUGCAUUUCUCUCUGGAGUUCUGGCGGAAAUUGGUGAAAAGGUUAUUGAAACCAAAGUUGUUGAGCGCAAAAGUGAAAAUGUGAUGGAAUACGAGGACGACGAAGACGAAACAUUAGAACCUUUUGAAAUUCCAAGAGAAUCGAAACUGGUAAAAAUUGGUCUUUCAUUGCGCGCAAAAGAAGAGGCCGUUCUUUAUAUUUCAUAUGAGCAGCUCAUUACAAGAAAAUUAGGAAUCUAUGAGGUAGUGCUCAAUUUGCAUCCGGGACAGAUAGUACCAGAAUUAAGAGUCGAUGCGUUUAUUCACGAGUCCAGAGAUUUGUCUGUUUUGCGUGUGCUCGGGCUAAGAUCCGGAAAGGAGAUUGAUCCUUUGGAAGGGCAGAGCGAAUUUCCUCUGGCUAAAAUAAUAAGACCGUCAAACCGUGAGGCGCACAUUAUUUUCUCGCCCAGUAGGAAGCAGCAGGCGCAAUUCGCCAAUUCGAAGAUGUGGCUGUCCAACAGUGAAAACGGCAUUUUAGGGCAGCUUGUCGUUCAAUUUGAAUUAGUCAGGCAGAAAGACGGCGAAAUUACUAUUAAAGAUGGAUUUUUUGCACACCACUACGCACCGACUGCCCUGAGCGUUUUACCCAAGCACGUGGUUUUCGUCCUUGACCUGAGCAGCUCAAUGGCUGGAAGACGCAUUGCACAACUAAAAUUGGCCAUGGCAUCGAUUUUGGACGAGCUUAAGAACGAUGACUUUUUCUCCAUUAUUCAAUUUAACAGUUUCAAAUCGGUUUGGAGACCUUACAGCAAAGAGAAAAAACGACCCAAAGGAAGUCGUCGUCCCAGGCAAUUUGGGCAGAGCAUUAAUUAUGGUUACUCAAAUAAUCGAGAAACACCCGUCACCGACAGCACUAGACCCAAAAGACCUUUUCAAAAGCAGCCCGAUGACUUGGAAGGCGCCGGCCGCGUCAUCCCAGCAAAACCGCACUACAUAGCAAAAGCGAAAAGAUAUAUCAACCGCAUGAAAGCCUCCGGAGGCACCAACAUACAAAAAGCGCUUUUGAAGGCAAUCGAAAUAGCGCACUCGACUGACGUUCCACUCGCGUUGGUCGUUUUCUUGACGGACGGCGAUUCCACAGUUGGCGAGACCAAGACAAGUUACAUUUUGAAACUGGCCAGAGAAGCGAAUCGAAAGGAAAAGUGCACGCCAAGUCACUACCAAGAAACCGCAGACGACCCACCUUGCAACGUGACUGUAAAACAUGUUCCAAUAUACAGUCUGGCUUUUGGAGAAGAGGCGAACAUUUACUUUUUGAGAAGGCUCUCCGCUGAAAAUUUUGGAACUGCACGCAGAAUCUACGACGCGGAGGACGCGGCUAUCCAGCUUCAGGAAGUUUACGCUGAACUAGCCGCGCCAGUUCAGGCUGAUUGCAUUUUCCAAUAUCCAGAAAACAUGGUGGAUUCAGAGUGGGUCACGCAACACAAAUUUGCGGCCGCUUUUCUGGGGUCGGAAAUCGUAGUGGCUGGAAAACUUUCGGCUGACGACGCGGAAAAGAGCGGCGAACAAGAAGCACGGGAUGAAAGCGGUGACGGCGACUUUUGGGGUGAAGUGAAAGGUGCGCAAGCGACCGGAGAAGUGUCCACGGUGCAUCUACCAGACUCGGAAAUUGAGUUUUAUCCAAAUACAAAAUUCAACCCCAACUUGUCACACAUGUGGGCCUAUUUAACAGUAUAUCAACUUUUGCUGGGGUCUGCGGCUCGAGAUUCGCGCGACGAAGCGACACAAAUAGCGUUGGAGUUUUCAUUUGUGACGGCUACGACGACUUUGCAACCGCACUUUGAGGGCGAUCAUGAUGAUGUUUUGAUUGCAGUGGCGACUUCAAUUUUGCGAAUCCAGCUGCCUGCGAGCCAGGAAGUGGGCAACAUUAUGGGCGACGAAAACGCUGGAAACACAGACGUGUGUUCCGAGGGCGGUGAGGGCGAGUACUGGUUCCCUUUGCAACAAGCAUUCAUCCCGUGCGGAGAACGAAAAGUGACACACCAUGUGCCUGCUUCCUCGCAGCAGCAGAGCUCGGAAAAUUUCGGGCGCAAUCAAAUUCACGAGCCGAACAACUCGGUAGGGGACAAAGAGGAGGUCGACGACGUUGACUUUGAAGAGGACAAAAGCAUCGAGCAAAAGUACAGUCUUGUCGAUUUGGAGUCUCUGUCCUGGUUGAAGGACGUUCGCUAUGGACCCAGAUAUUUAGUUCUGCCAAAAGGACGAGGAGGGGAAAAUCAACUUUUUUCGCUUGGAUUAAAUGAGGUGUCUAAUGAAGCUUACUCGCCAUGCUUGUCUCCACUGAAAGAGCCGAGCCACUGCAGGCAUUUGCAUUUUUGCUCCAUUUCGGAACUAAAAGACGACUUCUACGAAUUCCUUCGCUUCUUCUGCUCCAUUAAUCACUUUGCAGGAGUCUGCUGUCCUGACAGUCUUUUUGCCAGCGAGGAAAACAACAUGCCACCCUACGACAAGUAAAUUUGGGAAUUUUGUGAAAAUCCUCAACAGAGGUUUGACGGAGGGCAAAGGUAUUUGGAGGAAAACGCGGAAAGCAUCGAGGCGCGCGCGUUCCAUCACGUCGGCCUGUUCGCUCAGCACAGAUUAAAGAAAACACGCAGCGCCUGUAUCUCACCAUGUAUUUUCUCUGCACGGCGUGGAAUAUAAAGGCCAACAUUUAUAAUCGUUUAUCCUCUCUCGCUCGCGCGGGUCAAUGCGGGCAGCUUUUGCUUUGCGGAGCCGCCGACGGUGUGAAUUAAGGAGUCAUUUUGUGGUGGCCCAUCUGCCUGAAUAAACUAUAAUGCACUGCAUUUUUCAGGUUGCGCGCGGCGAGGCUAAAUGACAAGCCUCGCUCGGGAAUUUCAAUUACACCUCCCGCGCGCGAUAUUAUUAUCAUUGUUGUUUAAAAGCGGCGGCGGUGGUGCGAGGAUUAUUUUUUGUUUUGUUGUCUAAUAGUGUCACACUCACAACACACAGGAAUCGUAAAGUAAAUUAAAGUAUAAUGGUCGGAGGCGGGCGGCUCUUUUGUCUGAUGUGGUUUUCAGCAAUAAUCAAGAUUAUCUCACAAAGGAACAUUUUUUCCUAUUGGCCUUUGCAUCGCCUAUUCCUUUCCAGGGCUUUCAAAACGAUAAGAAUAGAAAAGUUUCAAUUAACGAUUUUCGAUUUUAAAACCAAAGUCUUUCAUGAAUUAUUUAAUUUUUUAAAACAACAACUACUUUUGAAAUACAUGUAUUUUUAUUGCAUUGGAAAAACGUUUGAUAUUUCUACAAAGACAGCAAAGUCAUAUGAUACUUUCUCUGAUUUGUUUUUUUAAAUUAUACAAUUUUUCAUUCCAGAAUUAUAUGAGCCACUUUUGAAGAGCCCUCACAUUUGAAACUUGUUUUAUAUAAUAGUUUGAUUGCUGAUGCACGCUUUCGGUGGAAAUCUGUGAUGCCGGCCGUGAACAAUUUCAAAUUGUCAUUGUUAUUCACGAUUAAGUACAAUAGAAAGCCAAUGACACUGCUAAAAAAACAUCACACACCGGCUUUUCUUUGAGAAUUUUCUUAACUUAGCAGUAUAUUUAUAUUAGGCUUGUUGUUCAAAAUUCUAUGGAUCACUUUGUUCUCACGAUUGUGUUUCAAUGUGAAACAUACUGUACAAAUUAAUUAAUUGGUAGUUCUUAAUGCAUUAUAAUAACCUCUUAAUCGCAACUUACAUCAUUUAUACACACUUUUGUUAAUAAGAGAAACUUUGGGAAUCAUAAUACUUUUACAAUUAUAUGUUUCAUUGAGGAAUGCAUUUUAAUCGAUUCUUGUUGGCGACGAAUUGUGUUCCACACUUCUUCUUGUUUUGUGUAAAAAUAUUUUUGAGGUACAAUUUUUGCACUGGCGGUGUGCGUUAUUUUUUGUUUACACUUUGACUUUAAACUUUUUUAUCAAAUGAAACAAAGAUAAAUAUGUGAUUGUGUGCUACUUUUAGUAUUAGAUUAUUUGUCAAAAGUUAUUGUUUGUACUUCUUGUUGGUUUAUCUUCUUUCUGUUGUCAAUUGUUUGAUUUUUAUCCACUUGACUCUUCAGUGAGAUAAUUAAUAAGUGGAAUUCUAUGUUGACUCAAACCUUAUUGUUUGUUUUGUACUCUUGAGUAAUAAUUAUUUAUCUUUGAACAAUUCUCAAUUGCGAUCUACUCCAUCAAUCUUUGUCUUGUAAUGCGCCGUCGAUUUGUGAGGCCAUACAAUUAUUGUUGAAAAAGCUUCUCAUUGAUAAAGCCAGCCAGCUUUUAACUUGUGCUCUGUAUAAUAAACGACAAAAAGUGAUUAUAUAAGACAAUAAUAAAAACGCAUAAAAUGCGUCUUGUGUACAAAAUUUAUUGGAAAAUAUACAUGCUUGCAGAAUCAUUUCCAUUACAGAGAAAAUUGUAAAAUUUUGCCCUUCCAGAAGUUAUCUAGAAAGUCUUGAGGUGUGUAUUAAGUAAGGCUUAAAAGCUGUUUGUUGCAAUGAUGAGACAAUACAUAAUAUGCUGAUUAUUGUUAUUGUCUCUGCAGUAAAAGUCUUUGAUAUCGCCGCAGCGGCUUUUGUUGCGCAAAGCCAAUUUCAGAGAGAGCACAAUGGCGGCGCUCCGUCGACUAUGUGCCGCAAUGAAUAAUGAAAUUCGCGUGUUUGUACAUGCGCCCGCGAGUUUUGUGUUUGGAGCCGCGCGUUUUUCAUUGUAUGCUGUUGUGUGUCUAAUAAACUUGAGCUGCAAU